ACAAGUACUCUUAAUUUCUCUCUUUCUUUGUUAUCCCCUCUUUUCUCUCUUUUAUCUCUAAUGGAGUCUUGUGAAAAUAACUCAUCACCACCAUCAUCUCCUCCAAUCAUCCUUAGCCCUUGUGCUGCAUGCAAAAUUCUACGUCGAAGAUGUGUCGAAAAAUGCGUCCUCGCGCCGUAUUUUCCUCCUACCGAGCCUCUCAAGUUCACUACAGCUCACCGUGUUUUCGGCGCAAGCAAUAUCAUCAAAUUCUUGCAAGAGUUACCGGAAAAUCAAAGAGCCGACGCGGUGAGUAGUAUGGUAUAUGAAGCAAAUGCGCGCAUAAGAGAUCCGGUUUAUGGUUGUGCCGGAGCAAUUUGCCAACUACAAAAACAGGUGACCGAGUUGCAAGCACAAUUAGCAAGGGCUCAAGCUGAACUAGUUAACAUGCAAGCUCAACAAGCUAACUUGAUCACCUUAGUCUACUCCGAAAUGGCUAAAUCUCAACAACAGUGUAGUCCUCAACCUUGUGGAAAUUUUGAUAGCUUUGAAGCCUUCUUCUUUGAUCAAGGUGGUCAAGAUGAGGACUUCAUUCAUGGCUACCCAUUAGAGCCCCUUUGGACGUAGAACUCUUAUUAAGUUCUUCAUUUUAAGGACUCUUUGUUUAAAGAGAAAGACAGAGAGAGAGAGAGAGAGAGAAAUAAACAUUUGCUUAUGAGAAGGCAUAGUGAUGGAAGAAGUAUCACUGAUUAAUUUCAUUGUCUUAUGAAUUAUAAGAAAUGAAUAAAAUAAAUAUAACUUUAA